GAUGAGAACACUGGCGUGUAGGAGAAAUUGACCUUUCUGUUAGUCAGACUCGACAAGAGCGGGCACGGAAGCCAGCAUGGGUGCCGGUGAGAGUGCAACGAGGAAGGUGUCUUUUGGGCUCGACGAGGAUGACAGGGUUAGGGUGCUGCACGGAGUGAAGCUCUCGGAAGAUGUUCUGCAGAGGAUGCGGGACCAAGCCGGCUCCCCUGGUGCUCAAGCCCCUCCUCCGGAGAGCCACAGAGAAGGCCCCGGUACACAACCUGGUCCAACUGCUGCUGAACUGCGGGAGGAGCUACGUAGGAGGUACGAGAGGGAACAUGCCUUAGUGCAGGAAGAGCUGGCACGUAUUGCACGACAGGAGAGGGAGGCGGGACGCGAGGAGCUCAGUGCGGCUGUGCGGCGGGAGAGGGCCCAGGCUCGCGAGGAUGCGGAAAAGUCCAGGCAGCUGCCAGCAGACCUGGACGCCUGGGCUAAACAGCUGGAUAAGAAAGAGGCAGAGCUGAAGCGCCUGGCUGUUUUUUAUAAGGAGCAAUUGACACUGCUAGAGAAAAAGAACCUGGAGUAUUACAAAUUGGCAUCUGAGCAGUACCAGGAAGCUGCUGCUAAGGCUGAGGCCCACAUCAAGUCUCGGAGUACGACACCCGUCUGCGCUGAUCUGCAGGCCCAGAUCUUGAAUUGCUACAGGGAGAACCAGGGCCAGACACUGUGCUGUUCCAGCCUGGCCAAGGAGUACAUGCAGUGCAUCGACGCUGCCAAAAAGAGCCUGCUGGUGAAUCGUGGAUGAAGUGGAGAGCAGAAGUUGUUUUCUUUUCCACUGGGCAGCUUGAGCCUGAAUGCCAUCCGUCCCUUUUAAUCACAUCUUCAGUGCUGAGCCUUGCACUGAAACUGCAAACAGCAUGCCUUUUUUUUCUUUAUUUUUUGGCAUUGGAUUGUAUUAUCAUGAUUUAUUUAAAUUUGCACUACAUCAAUUGGGGUAAAAUAAAUCCCUACAAUCCUUAAGAAAGAGGAUUUCUGGUUGUGUGAGGCUUGAAUUUUAAUGCUGAACUUAGGAACCUGAAACAUAUUGUCAUCCUGAAUUGUAUUGUAUUUAUGAUCUAAUUAAACAACGGAGUUUUGUGGAUCUCUUAAAUGGAAAUUGUGCCUAUAUUUCCUUGCAAUGUUUCUCAAGGUGGAGGUCACCAAAUUCCAUUCCUUUUGCAGUCUUGAAACGGAAAUUUAGUGUUUCCACAGGCGUAGCUUAGACUAGUGCUAUAUGAGACAUUUGAAAGGAUCUUUUGAUCUUACAGCACUAGUUCACGAGCAUCCUCAGGUGACCUCUAAUUGUAUUAGGUUUGAGUAACGUAACUAAGCAGUCUGUUUUCCACAACUUUUGUUUCUUUUCUACCUGCUUACCAAUAUCUUCUACAGAUUUCAAAGCCUGCUGAAGUUAAUCACUUAUUUUCCCUCUGCACUUGCCUGCGCUUCCAUUCCCCGAGGAUCUGCUAAGGAACUCUUACUUCCAAAUGCUUGCCAUUCCGCAGUAUUCUCCUCCUGAUAUUGCCAUGUUGCUGUGGCAACAGCCUUUGCCAGCAAAAGGUGUGGCAGAAUCUUCAAGAUAACCCCUUCCUUUCCCCAAGGAGGAUCCUGGCAGGCACGGCUGCUGUCAUUUUGAAGCAGGACAGCGAUACUGUUUAUUCCAGGGUUCUUCUACUGGGAGUGGGGUGUGUUUAGUUGAGGUAAUAGUGGAAUAAAUAUCUGCUCAGUUCUAAGCUACACUCUGCACAGGUGAAAAUACAGACUAAAUUCAUAACUGAAUUCAUAAAUGCUUCCACCUCCUACAUGCAUGUUUGUCGUCUUCUGUCAAUUACUUCCUUGCAGUGACUGUAAAAGAGUUGUGUAACAUGGCUAACAUGUUUACAGAGCUUUAUAAGCAAAUACAUGUAACUAAAUGAACUUAACAUGAGCUAAAGGGUUCUGAACGAUCUACCUUUUAAAUAUUUGAUCAAAAAUAGAGAACUGUACCAUUUCAAGAAAUUCCCAAUAUUAUCAUCUAAAUUUGAAUUAUAAAAAAUCCACAGAAAUUAGUUUAUUUGUAGUUCUUGUAUAGCAACAGAAUAAAAAUGAAAGGUAUCAUUUACAGAAAUAUAAGCAGAGUUUUGUCUAUUUGGGGGAUUGAAACUUCCAGAUCUGAGAGACGUGUACUAGUGUUUUCUUGAGCAAGACUAAGGUUUGAGGAGCCUGUCACAUCAGUUAGAAGAUAAGUGAUCAUUUUUUUGUCAUUUGGAAAAUAGAGUUGAGGUCUGUCGAAGCAGAAUGGAGAUCAUAAUGAAUGUGUGAUAUCAUCCUUGAGUUCUUCGUACUAAUGGUGCAGGCCUUAGACACUGCACAUAACAUGAUAAUGUCAGUCUUGUACCACAAAGGCGGACUCUUCUCAUCAGAAACUGACACUAUAAAGUGUUUGACACUUGAGGAAGUCGUUCGCGUGAAAAACUCUAUUUUCUGCCGAUUUGUUUAGUGUGCAUGAAUGAAUCAUUCUCUUGUGUGUGUAUAUAUGAAAGACAAAGUACAAAAGAAUAUUCAUGAAUUCUUGAAAUGACAAACAUUUUAUGUUAACUAGUUUCAGUAAUCUGUAGGAAAAAAAAAAACCGUGUAUCGUUGAACUUUUUUUUAAAAAGACUAAAGGACUCUAGUACUGUUUAAUACCGUUGUGUUUUUUUUCUUUUUUUUUUUUUUUUUAAACUAGGGCAAGGGAUUGUGGUUCAUGCUCAAGCUGUAGGUGUUAAUGUGUAUUUAAAUGUUUUCCUGGAUUUAUUCACUUCAUUUCAUUUAAAAAAAAAAAAAAAUGCAGUCUUUAGUCUUUUAUAUUUUUGAAAUGGAUGCCAAUAUGUGAAGGUUUCUAAGAGCAGAAAGGAUUUCUGUGAGCUAAAAAAAAAAA